GCCCUAACGGAUCCUUUUCUUGCAGACGGUGAAAAAGCAAUCUGGCUCCCGAGGUUCCCCCCUUACACCCCAGGGUCCAGAUGGCGGCCAAUGUGGGUGAUCAGCGCGGCACCGACUGGUCCUCCCAGUACGGCAUGGUGGCCGGGGCGGGCAGGGAGAACGGCAUGGAGACGCCCAUGCACGAGAACCCCGAGUGGGAGAAGGCCCGCCAGGCCCUGGCCAGCAUCAGCAAGGCGGGCGCUGCCGGCAGCUCCAAGGCCAGCAGCAACGGGCCUGUGGCCAGCUCACAGUACGUGUCUCAGGCGGAAGCCUCGGCCCUGCAGCAGCAGCAGUACUACCAGUGGUACCAGCAGUACAGCUACGCCUACCCCUACAGCUACUACUACCCCGUGAGCAUGUACCAGGGCUACGGCUCCCCCUCCCAGUACGGGAUGGCCGGCUCCUACGGCUCAGCCACACCCCAGCAGCCAGCAGCCCCCCAGCACCAAGGCACUCUGAACCAGCCCCCCGUGCCUGGCAUGGACGACGGCCGGUCCUACCAGGCCCCUCCCCCGCAGCUGCCAGCAGCUCAGCCCCCUCAGCCCUCCCACCCUUCCCCCGGCUCACGCUACCGCUACCCCGAGCCGGCCAAGCCCAAGAAGGGCCAGCAGCUGUGGAACCGCAUGAAGCCCGCCCCCGGCACUGGUGGUCUCAAGUUCAACAUUCAGAAGCGGCCCUUCGCGGUCACCAACCAGAACUUCAGCUCCGCCUCGGAGGGCCAGCACAGCGGCUUCGGCUCCCAGCCCAACCCCGAGAAGGCCCAGAACCACAGGGGGAACCUGUCCGGGAAGCCAGACGACUGGCCGCAGGACAUGAAGGAGUACGUGGAGCGCUGCUUCACGGCCUGCGAGUCGGAGGAGGACAAGGACCGCACGGAGAAGCUGCUCAAGGAGGUGCUGCAGGCCCGGCUCCAGGAUGGCUCUGCCUAUACCAUCGACUGGAGCCGGGAGCCUCUGCCCGGGCUGACUCGGGACACUGUGGCAGAGAGCCCCAAGAAGAAGCGGUGGGAGGCCCCCAGCAGCCUUCACCCUCCCAGGGGGGCAGGCGGCACGACCAGGGGCGGGGGUGCCCAGUCACAUUCCUACUCCGGGAACGAGUGUCAACCUGUGGGCCGCCGGAACCCGCCCCCCAAGGGCCGGGGCGGUCGGGGGGCCCACAUGGAUCGGGGCCGAGGCAGGGCGCAGCGAGGCAAGAGGCAUGAUCUAGCGUCCACCAAGCGCAACCGCAAGAGGAUGGCGGCGCUGGGGGGUGAGGACCCCGAGCGCGAGCUGAAGAAGCAGAAGCGGGCAGCCCGCUUCCAGCACGGACAUUCCCGCCGCCUGCGCCUCGAGCCCCUGGUGCUGCAGGUGGGCGGCCUGGAGAGCAGCGGGGGCGACCCCGACUGGCAGGAGCUGCAGAUCGUGGGCACCUGCCCUGACAUCACCAAGCACUACCUGCGUCUCACCUGCGCCCCCGACCCGUCCACGGUGCGCCCUGUGGCGGUCUUGAAGAAAUCGCUGUGCAUGGUCAAGUCCCAGUGGAAAGAGAAGCAGGAUUAUGCCUUCGCCUGCGAGCAGAUGAAGUCCAUCCGGCAGGACCUGACGGUGCAAGGCGUGCGCACCGAAUUCACCGUGGAGGUGUACGAGACACACGCCCGCAUCGCCUUGGAGAAGGGUGACCACGAGGAGUUCAACCAGUGCCAGACGCAGCUCAAGUCACUGUACGCGGAGAGCCUGCCCGGCAACGUGGGUGAGUUCACCGCCUACCGCAUCCUCUACUACAUCUUCACCAACAACUCGGGCGACAUCACCACGGAGCUGGCCUACCUGACGCGGGAGCUGAAGACGGACCCUUGUGUGGCCCAUGCCUUGGCACUGAGGGCAGCCUGGGCUCUGGGCAACUACCACCGCUUCUUCCGGCUCUACAGCCACGCGCCCUGUAUGUCUGGCUACCUCAUAGACAAGUUUGUGGACCGGGAGCGCAAAGCCGCCCUCAAGGCCAUGAUCAAAACCUUCCGCCCUGCGCUGCCAGUCUCCUACCUGCAGGCCGAGCUGGCCUUCGAGGGCGAGGCCGCCUGCCGGGCCUUCCUAGAGCCCCUAGGCCUGGCCUACACGGGCCCGGACAACACCAGCAUCGACUGCCGCCUCAGCCUGGCGCAGCUGUCCGCCUUCUGAGCACCGCGCCACGGGGGUGGGGGCAGGGCUGCGGCCCCACGCCACCUCUGCAGAUUUUGUUUUUGAGCCAUGGACUUGGGUUGUAAAUUAAUUGUGGGGAGUGAGCUCCAGGAAGAGCCACCAUCCCUGCCCCCGUUUUCCUACCGGGGAGUCUGUACAGAGAUUUUUCUACGUUUUUAUUUUUGCCUCAGAGGAAUAGGAUGGGGAGGAGGGGGGCAGCCGAGGGUUGGGGGCUUGGUCUGUCCACACUGCACCUCUACUAAUGCUGUCUCAGUGUUUUCUCUCUCUCUCUCUCGAGCUUGUACUCCAGUACCAACUCGGCACCCUGGCCCAUCUCAUGCCAGGGGGCCA